AUGGGAAACAAGGGGAAGGAAGAACAGAACUAUGCACGACAACCUUUCCUCCUCGGGGUGGACGCCAUCACUCAACAUCUCCUGACCAAUCUUGACACCGGGCUCACAUCAGCUCAGGUACAGGAGUACAUCCAGAAAUAUGGAGAAAACAAGCUCGAGGGCGAUGGUGGAGUUGCUUGGUAUAAGAUUCUCACCAAGCAGGCUACUAAUGCUAUGAUUCUAGUCUUAGUACUGGCUAUGGCUCUAUCAUAUGGUGUUGAGGACUUCAUUGAAGGCGGCGUCAUUACUGCUGUCAUUGUCCUAAAUAUCUCUAUUGGCUUCUACCAGGAAUUUCAAGCUGAAAAGAAAAUGGAUGCUCUCAGAUCGUUAUCAGCACCCUCCGCAGAUGUCGUACGAGAUGGGAACCAAACGACCAUCCCUUCACGCGAAGUCGUUCCUGGCGAUAUCGUCUCUAUCAAAACUGGCGAUACCGUCCCAGCAGACCUGCGACUUUUCGACGUCAUGAACCUCGAAUGUGACGAAGCGAUUCUCACAGGUGAGGCCCUACCAGUUGCUAAGGAAGUGGAAUCCGCAGAAAGAGAAGACCUAGGUCUGGGUGACCGGCUAAAUAUUGCCUACUCCUCGUCCACAGUCACCAAGGGUCGAGGUAGGGGUGUCGUGGUUUACACUGGGAUGUCCACUGCCAUGGGUGGCAUCGCUGAAUCGAUGCAGCGAAAGCGGAGGAAGCCAGGCCGCUCAAUGAGUGCUAAGAAAUAUGGACCUAUGCAACCAGUCAAAGGUGGUGCGCUGAGAACCUUUGACAGUGUAGGCAAAUUCCUUGGAUUGACCGAGGGUACGCCCCUUCAGAUCAAGCUUAGCAAGCUGGCAUAUACCUUAUUUGGCUGUGCACUCUUACUUGCUAUCAUCGUCUUCGGCGUCAAUCGUUUCAAUGUAACGAACGAAGUGGCUAUUUACGCUAUCUCAACAGGCAUAGCCAUCAUACCAGAAUCGCUCAUCGCUGUACUUACAAUCACCAUGGUCGUGGGUAUGACUCAGAUGAGGAAGCGAAAAGUGGUAGUCCGUCAAUUAAGUGCUCUUGAAGCUCUAGGUGGCGUGACCAAUAUCUGCUCUGACAAAACGGGUACUUUAACACAAGGCAAGAUGGUGGCGCGCAAGGUAUGGAUUCCUGGCGCAGGUAUAUACAGCAUCGAAAACUCGAACAACGCUUCCGACCCCACGGAGGGCACCGUCACCUUCGGAGAAAGCAAGUCUCGCAAAGAAGUGGAAGCUGAGAAAUUGCGUCGACAGGAGGAGCUCGAUGCCAAGCGAUCCACAGCCGGUAUCCAGUUUGAUGUCCCUCAGGAGAAGAUGAACAAGGAUAGGAAAGCCGAACAACCUGUACCAGAACAGAACAUUGUUAUCGACAACCCAGAAACGACACCUGAGCUUCAAGCAUUCCUGGAGUCCGCCGCACUCUGUAAUCUGGCAACUGUUCGAAAAGUUCAAGAGGACGGAACUAGCAAAUGGAAGACAACUGGCGACCCCACUGAAAUAGCUCUUCAGAUCUUUGCUCACCGAUUCCAGCACGGGAAGGACACCCUAGAGAAAGAGCUCGGUUGGAAGCAGUCGAUGGAAUAUCCUUUUGACAGCUCUAUCAAGCGUAUGUCAGUGGUGUACAAAUCACCCAACAGAGACGACAAUGUUAUUUUCACAAAAGGUGCAGUCGAACGUGUUAUCGACCUCUGCACAAUGGUAGGAACAGGCGAAAAAGAAGUCGAAAUGACACCUGAGACCAAAGAGGAUGUUCUUGAACAGAUGAAUAUCCUGGCAGAGCAAGGCUUGCGUGUGCUUGCAAUUGCUCGACGCUUCACAACUCUCGAAAUUGCCGAACACUCCACUGUCGAACGUACUGAGGUCGAAAAGGAUUUGUGUCUACUUGGAUUGGCGGGUCUCUACGACCCUCCACGUCUUGAGACGAAGGGUGCUGUUCAGGCAUGUGCAACUGCAGGUAUUCAGGUCAGUAUGUUGACCGGUGACCAUCCCUCGACUGCCGCAGCGAUUGCUCGCGAAGUCGGUAUUAUCCCUCAAAAUAUGAAGUCUCUGCCAGCAGACGUGGCCGCAGCGAUAGUGAAACCAGCGACCGAGUUCGACAGAAUGACCGAUGCUGAAAUCGACGCCCUCCCGACACUACCACUCGUAGUAGCACGGUGUGCUCCCGAGACGAAAGUUCGCAUGAUCGAGGCGCUUCAUCGUCGCCGCAAAUAUGCUGCUAUGACGGGCGAUGGUGUCAACGACUCGCCCUCUCUCAAGCUUGCCGACGUGGGUAUCGCCAUGGGUCUAAAUGGCUCCGAUGUUGCCAAAUCCGCGUCAGACAUCGUCCUUACCGACGACAACUUCGCCAGUAUCGUCAACGCAGUAGAGGAGGGCAGAAGAAUGUUCGACAAUAUCCAGAAAUUCGUUCUUCACCUGUUGACCUCCAACGUCGGCGAAGUCAUCCUACUCAUCUGCGGAUUAGGCUUCCAAGACGAAUUCGGCUUCUCCGUCUUCCCACUGUCACCGCUGCAAAUCCUCUGGAUCAACAUGCUCACCUCUUCUUUUCCAGCUUUCGGUCUCGGAAAAGAAAAAGCAGCAAAGGACAUCAUGGAGCGUCCUCCCCACGACAACAAAAAGGGCAUCUUCACAUGGGAACUAAUCACCGAUAUGCUCGUCUACGGCACAAUCAUGGGCGUCUGCUGCCUCUCAACAUUCGUCUUCAUUGUUUACGGCCCUGGUCCCGACGGCCUCGGCCUGGACUGCAACAAGUCUUACGGCGCAUCCUGUAAUAUUGUCUUCCGAGCUCGAGCCGCCGUCUUCGCCGAACUCACCUGGAUGAUCCUCCUGAGCGCCUGGGAGUUCAAGAGCAUGCGACGAUCUCUAUUCAAGCUCGACCCAAACUCAACCAAGCCACUACAAUUCAUACACGAUAUCUGGGAGAACCAAUUCCUCUUCUGGUCCGUUGUCAUUGGCGGGCUAAGCGUAUUUCCUGCCGUGUACAUCCCCGGCCUCAACAGUUCAGUCUUCAAGCACACGGCCAUCACAUGGGAGUGGGUACCAGCAAUCAUCUGCGUAUUCAUCUUCAUUACAGGUAUGGAACUGUGGAAGCUCGUGAAGAGAACAACCGGGUGGUUCAAGGAGGAGGAGACUGAGGGAAUGAAGGCAAAGAGGAGGAUAUUAGGUCACGGAUUGUCUUUGAGACAGGGAUUCUUCACGCUUGCUAGGACGUUUACGAAGUCGAGGAGUGAGGCGAAGAGUGAGAUGUCUGAGAAGAAUGCGAAGGUGAGAGUGCCGCCUCCUGCUGUGCAGGGAGGUGUGAAGGAGGAGGUGUAA